AUGGUGUCCAUCCGUGCGCGCUCUGCUCCAUUGCCUAGCGGCGAGUCCAUGCCGCUCGAAAACACCCUGCAACCUCACCCGCGUCCUCGCCUCGCCUUUACUGAUGAUGGACCUGGCGACCUCUCAAUCUCAGGUCCUCGGCACGACAAUGAUCACUCUGAUUACCGCAAGAUCCGAAUCCUUCCUACCACAGACGAAAUCCUUGCUGUGAACAGACCAAUUUACAUGCCAAAGAAGGAUCUAUUGGCGAACAAUCCUCUUGAGAUUGGGAUGAAGAGACACCUUGAUUUGCUCUUCAGACAGCUUCGCUGUGACAGCAUCGAGAGCAUCCGUGACAUAUGCUACUCUGCUGCUCAAGUCUCCUUUCUUGGUACACCCGGAGCUGAGCAAGAGCCGGCUCGGCAUGAAACAAUAGCCGGGAACCGCUACUUUCUCUACAAAGAUGCCCGCGCUGAAGAAUUGCUCUCGCAUGAGCACAAAGCAAUGCUUGUGCGCCUGAGUUAUCAUUGUCCUAACUUCAUGCGCGGAGCAAAAAUGUACAAUUCAGGUCGCUUUCAGGAAGGCAUGCUAGUAGCAAUUCUGGAACUUGAUUACCCCACCAGGGAGUUGUCUGUCUACUUCAUGGAAGUCAAUCUCGCACAAAGUACCAUGUCCAUGAACGCUCUCAACGGUGCUGGCCUCCGAGCAGCUGUUCAACUCUCGUUUCUGCCUAAAUGUCCCCGAGACGAUGUUCAUCAGCUUUCUCGCCACGCACUGAGGCUCCGCCCCCAGAGCGAACUUGUCCUCGUGGAAUUCCCAAAACUCUUGUAUGCCGGCUUCCACAAUUGCCUGGACCGAUUGAAAAGCAUGCAAGAGGACGAUGUUGCCUUUUCAAGAUAUGUUGCCCCGCCACUCGAUGUCCAAGAUGUGAUGAAACGCGCACAGGUGCAGCGGACACGCGGUCAAACCCCCAAAUUCGAUGUACCUUCUCCCAGCUAUGCAACAACAGAAGGUUUUGCCUACAGUCUCACCGAUAUGGUAUCCACUGAUAGUGACAUCACGUCCGUGGCCCUUGAAGACCUUUCAAAAGAUGAGUUCGUGGAGUCUUUGCAGAACCAAACAACCCUAGACCAUAGCCAAGCAGUUGCCUUUCGUGACAGCCUGUCUCGUGAGUUUGCCUUUACACAGGGCCCUCCAGGAUGUGGCAAAACAUUCUUGGGUGUUCAAUUGACCAAAACACUUCUUCGGUCGCGAUCCCGAAACAAGCCGAUUCUCCUUGUGUGUCUGACGAACCAUGCACUGGACAGUUUCCUGGAAGACUUGCGUAACGCUGGCGUCAAAAAGCUUCUACGGGUUGGUGCUGGAAGCAAAAAGGAGUGGACGGAUGCCAUCAACCUUAACAGUCGCAAUAGAAAACCGCGGUCCACCAGAGAAGAGUCUAUGGCUUUGAACACCAGUAGCGCUCAUAAGAAGCAGGCUUGGACCGACCUCGAUUUAUUAUGCAAAGCUCUUUCUGCUCAAAAUCGAAUUGGAACUGUGUCAUGGCACUACGUCGAAGGCAUUUUGCAAACGAAUGAUCCUGAUGUGCACGCACAAUUCGCUACAAAUAGUGACAAUCCCAUCGCUCGAGCAUUCGCAUUUGAAUAUUGGUCAAAAGGCGGUGAUCUGGAUAACUUGAGGAACUUACAUGUAGAGCUUGCAUCCAGACUGGCCCAGGUGUCGCGCAAGCAUGAAGAAGAGGCCGCUACCGUGGUUGACAGUGUCCUUGAGAUUUCUGGCAAGGCAAGUGCUGAAAAUAGCCGAACAGGAGAUAAUAGCGUAUGGAGUCUGUCCCUGGGUGAACGUCAAAGACUGCUCCAGGGUUGGGAACGUGAAGUCAAUGCCGAGCAGGUCGCUCACAAAAUAGCCGCACUGUACUUUGACUUUCAAGAUUGUUCCGUCACAGUCAAGAAGAUAAAGAACAAGAGGGAUACCAGAACCAUGCUUGCACACGAUGUCAUUGGGAUGACAACCACCGCAUGCGCGGGCCGAUGGGAUCAGCUGAAGUCCCUCGAGGUUGAGGUCAUGAUUUGCGAGGAGGCAGGAGAAGUCAUGGAGGCUCAUACUCUCUGCUCAUUGCUUCCCACACUUCAGCACGCCAUUUUCAUCGGAGACCCUCUUCAACUUCGACCAGAGGUCAACGAACAGUCUCUAACCUUGGAGACGAAGAUUGGAUCCGCUUACCGCCUUGACGAGUCGCUUCUGGAGCGGCUCAUGUUCCCAAAGGAUCCUUCCUUGUCUGCCAUGCGAGCAAGCCAACUUGGCGUCCAACGGCGCAUGCAUCCAGAUAUUGCAAAUAUCACUCGUCUUACAUACCCAUUUCUUGUGGACCAUGAUUCUACCUACAAUCGACCGCCAGUCUAUGGUUUGGAAAAGCGGAUGUAUUGGUGGGAUCAUCGUGUUCCAGAGCUCAAAGGUAGCAAUGGUUUGAAGUCGCAUGCAAAUCUCCAUGAGGUUGAAAUGGUCUCGAGCCUAGUUGAAUACUUGCUGCGUGGAGGAAACUACUCCCAAGGUGAAAUUGCAGUCUUGACUCCAUAUUCGGGCCAAUUAUCUGAGCUUGUCACUCGCCUCUCGACAACUUGCGAGAUUUGGCUUAGUGGCAAAGACCGAGAGGAACUCCUUGCUGAGGACUUGCUCGACUUGGGCGAAGAAGGCAAAGCUCACAAGGAUCAAGUUGCUAUUUCAGACAUGCUCCGGCUCACCAGUGUUGACAACUUCCAAGGUGAGGAAGCCAAGAUCGUCAUCUUGAGCACAGUGCGAAGUGGCGGCCGGUCUGGCUUCCUGAAGACUCUCAAUCGCAUCAAUGUCGCGUGUAGCCGCGCUUGUGAGGGCUUCUACAUCAUCGGCAACUCGCAGACAUUAUCGCAGGUUCCAAUGUGGAGAAACAUCAUCUCAUUGUUCAACGGAAACAUCGGUUCUACCAUAACGGCCUGCUGCCCCACUCACCCCGAAUUUCGCGCACCUAUUGAGCAUCCCUCAGACUUUGAAGGCAUUGCGGCCAUCAAUGUGUUCAGAAAUGCCAUCCACCGGCCCUGCAUGAACGUCUGA